GUGUGCAGAGCAGCUCUGUGGCACGCUCACUGCAGGCGGAACCUGCUGAUCGACGAGGUCUCUGCCAGCAGGACUCGGAAUAUUUUUGGUUUUUCCCACAGGCGUUGUCUGGUACAGACUUGAGCAGCGCUGCUCAAGCCAUGGAGGGAGUGUGUGCUGCAGUUUGCGCGGCUUUUUCCGUGGCUUAUUCUGGGUACUUUCUCACCCACCUGGCACGUCACAUCACCCGUGCCUGGAGAGAAUCCGGUCUUUGGAGCCCAACACCAACCUCGGAGGAUCCUCUGGCUGCGUGUCUUCCUGCAGAAGAGGCCAGAGGGGAGGAAGAUGCUCCCCAAACUGCGCCUGCUGCCACUGCAGGGCCUGAGCAUCCAGCAUCAAGCACAAGGGCAGCGUCAGCACCUGCUCUAGCUGCCUCUGUACCUGAGGAAGAGGCUGAAGAGGAGGAAGGUGCCGAUGAACCUGGCCCUGCGGUCAGCCCAUGGCCGGAGCAAACAACACCAGUAAGUGCCCGCUUUGGGUAGCAGCGUCUUUGGUGUCAUUUUGUCCGUCAUGUAAAAGCAGCCUUUGGAUUUUGUGCCUUGAGCUGUUGAAGCGGGCUGCACAAGCUGAGAGGUGAAGAGCCCUGGGUGUGGCCAGCAGCAUCUUCCUAGGGGCUUGCAUUUGAAAUGGAAUGGGGGCAUCUCUGCCAGGCUCAUUUGUGACCCAAAUUCAUUUCUUGUCCCAGAGCUCCAUCUCCUCUGUCCUGGCACCUGCACGAGCUGCAGCUGAAGGCUCGGGAGAAGGCUCCAGUGCCCAGGCUGGAAGCUCAAGCACGAGCAGCUCGUGCACCUGGAGCACGACCAGCUCGUCUGGCAGCAGAGAACAGCAGCGAGAGAGGACAGAGGACAAGUGCCUGGCCAUGCUGAAGAUGCUGGUGAGCGAGGGAGAUCCUGAGGCUAAAUACACAGAACUGGAAACUCUUGGCAAAGGGGGUUUCGGCACUGUGUGCAUGGCAGUGGAGACUGCCACAGGAGAAGAGGUGGCCAUCAAGAAAAUUAGUCUCCUGCAAGAGAGCAGCAGCGAGCUGUGCCUGAAUGAAAUCCAGGUCAUGCGUGGCAGUAAGAAUGCCAACCUUGUGAACUAUGUAGACAGCUACCUGGUGGAUGAGGAACUCUGGCUGGUGAUGGAAUACAUGGACGGAGGUUCUUUACAUGAUGUCAUCAGGGAGACUCGCAUGGCAGAAGGAGAGAUAGCAGCUGUCUCUCGGGAGCUGAUUUUGGCCUUGCUGCUCAGCUCACCACCGAGCAGAACAAACGGAGAUCAGCUGUUGGAACAACUUACUGGAUGGCGCCAGAAAUUUUCACCAGGAAGCCCUAUGGCCCCAAAGUGGACAUCUGGUCCUUUGGCAUCGUGGGGAUCGAGAUGGUGGACGGAGCGCCUCCGUACCUGAUGAAAACCUCCCGCACGGUACGCUGCAGCUGCUCUCAGACACUGCUGUCACCCUAACAAAAUCUGCUCCCAUUCUUCUGCCUGGGAAGCUUGCCAACACCUGAAAAUGAUAGGUUCCAGGCUGCACAGUCUCUCGUGCUUCUUGGCCAGAUCAUCCCCUUGCCAUUUUUGUGCAUGAACAGGACCUAAAAAUCAGGAUGCCUUUUGCUUGGCAGAAGCUUUGCCUAAGGGAGCAGUGAGCAGUGCUGAGCUGCAUUUUAUGGAAUAAUCCUUGGAAAUAGAAGAGUGAGAUGAAAGUCACUCUUCCAUGUCACUUGUAGAGGCUGUGUCAGUGCUCAGAGAAGCAAAGUGUGCUUUAGCUGAUGGAGCUGCUGCUGAUUCCAUCAUCCAGUGAAAUGAGUGGUCAAGGCAAGAGCCUUUGCCUACUGGACUGGCUAUGGCUGCCUCUGGCUUUGGGUUGUUUUAGUAGGGGUAGGAAAGGUAUCUGCCACCCUGUGGCAGGGAGUAAAGUGCCACUGCAGAGUGGAGCUUGUCCAAUGGGCUCUGUGUGAGCAGUUUGGGGUGCGAAGGAGACAGGUAGAGUGUGGCAUUUCCUUCUUCUCUAGGUUCAACAGCUGAUAAGCACCGGGGCCCCCCCGAAGCUGCAGAAGCCCAGGCAGCAGUCGGCGUGGCUGCGAGACUUUCUGCACUGCUGCCUGGAGAGGGACGAGGACAGGCGCUGGUCUGCCCAGGAACUUCUGCAGCAUCCAUUUGUAACAUCAGCCAAGCCAGCCUCCUCCCUGACGCCUCUGAUCAUGGCCACGCAGGAGUUCAUGGCCGACAGGAGAUUCUAGCCCUGGAAGAGGCCUUUGUUGUUGUUUGUUGUUUGAAGUUUGUAGUUUGUAGUUUAUA